AUGUGGCGCCGCCGCCGGGCAACGGUCGCCGCCGGCCGCCUGCCCGUCCUCUACCUCGUGCUCGCCCUCGUCCUUAUCCUCGUCCUGCCGCAGGCACCCGCCGCAGGUACCCGAGCUGCCGCGGCCGGGCCCGGGCACCGGCCCUCGUGCAUAAUCGACACGGUGCCCCUCGAGCUACCUGUCCGUGUGGACACUGCAGCUGGGAGGUGGAGACAAAGAAUGCAGAAUGCUGAGCAGUUGGCUUUCUGCUGGCUUCAGUUCUAUAUCACCUUUGAGUCCUCACAGAGAUUUUUACGAAGUGCAGGGCCAGAAGGCAGUAGCUUAAAAAUAGUGGGAUCUAUCCGAUUUCCAGUCAAAGUUUAUGUCAAAUUGAAUCAAAACAGUCCACGUAUUUUGUGCAUUACGAAUCGUCUGCGAAACUCAGAACUGAUUGAUCCAGUAUCCCAGUGGCAUGGACCAAGUGGCAAUAUUCUUUCAGAAAAUAGCAGUGUGAAAAUAUCACCAACAGGAACGUUAAUAUUGAGACAUUUCACAGCUGACCAGAGCGGAGUUUACACUUGUUCCCUCAUUUAUAAGCUAACAGCAGAGGAACCCGCUAAAAAGCUUAUAAUGAAAUACCUUAUUUAUGCUUAUUCUGACCCAAAUUAUUAUUAUGAGUUUACAGUUCAGUAUCAUGCAGCCCCUUGCAACAGUAUUUACAAUAUUUCUUUUGAGAAAACAUUGCUUCAGUUGCUAACCAAGCUUGUGGCUGAACUUUCUUGUGAAGUUACAUUAAUUAAGUCAGAAUGUCAUCAUGUAAAAAUGCAGAGAGCAGGUCUACAGAAUGAAAUCUUCUUUACAUUCUCAGUUGCUUCAUUAGACCAGGGAAAAAGCAACACACCAUGUCAACAAAGCACUUGUGGCACAUCUGAAAGAUUAAGCAAGGCCAGAAUUCUCAUAGAGAAUUUUUUUAAGCAUCAAGCAGAAAUUACAAGGAAAAGUUCUGACCCGCUGCCUGAAAUAUAUUACAUUGAAGGAACUCUGCAAAUGGUAUGGAUUGACCGCUGCUAUCCAGGAUAUGGAAUGAAUCCUGUAAGUCAUCCAGACUGCCCAGAUUGUUGUGUUGUCUGCAGCCCAGGAUCAUACAAUCCCAGUGACAGAACUCACUGUCGUCCAUGCAACAACAGUUUCAUAUACGGAGCAACAAAGUGUCAACAGUUGUAAUAUUUGCACUCUUGCAGGAGCUCAGAUGUA